AUCUUUCUAUCAAUCGAGUCUAAGCAAGCCAACCACGUCAUUUGUAUAUUCACGCAUUGUUUAUUCGCUUAAGAUUACUCCAAUGAUAUAACAACAGCCCAAUGCUCAUUUGUCUUCCCAGAGAAUUCGAAGCGUGACAGCCAAGACCUCUCGAUACGGCAAAAUGCUGCCGGCUUCUACGAUUUUAGUCGUCACCCUGUUGGCGAGUGUGGCCUCUGUUCACUGUCAAGAUGACCCAUGGCUUCCGAGAGAAUUGGGCAGAUUUAAACUGCCACAUGCUGGAUUUGUGGAGGUGUACCAGAAUUCCGACGAGGAGGGCGACUACAUGGACAGACUCACCCUUUAUAUCUCGACCUUCAAUGCAGCUGCGCUUUUCAUUGAGGACCCCGUGUUUAAACUCCAUGCUCCAGGCAAAUUUAUGGACUUUAUCGACCAAUGGAAUGAGAUCAUGCAGCAAAUGGGCGGAGAAGAUGCCAGCACCGCCCUCUGGCCCAAUUACCCGGUCAGACUUCCUAAAGAGAUGGCCGGCUUUGAUGGGAUUUUGCAAACCAGUGGUUUCAUUCCCCCCGGCAAAACGCGUGGUCAACUAGAGAUCUACAAUGAAGAAACUCGGUCAGGACCUUGGAACAUUGCUAGUGCCGACCCCAAGGACUACUCUUAUCAUUGGGUUGUGUGGAAGGAUGUGGAUGGUGAUGGUCUCCUGGACGCCAUGGUUGCCAGAUUCCACAGCGGUUUAACUGGAAACACGGAAAGCCAAUUGGUUUGGAUGAAAAAUCCGGGCAAUUUGGGAGCCGAUGGCUCUAACUGGGAUAACUGGGAGCAAAAUGUCCUCAUCAACGAGGGACCCGAUGUUUACCUGCAAUUCGAGAAGUUGGAAGCUGACGGGAUCGUUUAUGACACUUUUGUCACUGGAGAACUGUGGACCGAAAGAAUCAUGUUGUACUACGUAGAAGACGCCCCCGGAGCUUGGAGUGAUCCGGCCAAUAUUCAGAGCGUGAUUAUUGACGAAAAACCCGGGGUUCCAUUUGAGGCUCACUUCUAUGACUUGAACAAUGACGGGAAACUUGAAAUCCUGGCUUCUGCCAUUGAUGAGUCUGUGGAAGACGCUGCCGGAGGUCGACUUUUGGCCUACAUGCAACCGGACGACUUCAGGACCCCCAACUGGGAAUUGAAAGUCAUCUCUGCGCCAUUUGUAGCCACUUUGCCCAUUGUGGGCAACCGCAUGACCCCAGGCAAACAAAGGAUGUUCUACCCAUCUCAAGAGUACUCGGAGCAAACCACCGAAUUUGGACCCAUGAAGCCUUGGAUCCUGUUAUCCGGAGAUGACGAUGGCAAUCACUAUGUAGUUUAUCCUGCCUCAGAGGACAGGGACGAUUGGACCUAUGAGCGACAUUUGAUUGUUGAAACAGGUAAAGCAACUUCCGGCACCAUGGCCGUGGUUGAUCUGGAUAAUGACGGAUUUGUCGAAAUCAUUGCGGCUGGCUACUCUGCGGGCGAAGUCUACGUUUUCACUUACGCACCAGAAUAAUGCUCUUGUCUAUGUCGAAAUAAAAGAAGAAAUAAUUGA